UCCCCCCUCCCCCCCCCCCGUAAAGCCAGCUGCAAAAAAAUAAUAAUUUCCAAGAAGCAUUCACAUCAAGCCAUAACCAUUUCCAUGUUAUUCUGGAGUGUCAUUUUCUGACUUCUGAAAGCAUAUAAGCUCCCUAAGCUUUUCUCUAUAAAUAGAUGAUCUUAGGUUGUGUGAAUAGCAAACAGAGUGGCUUUUUUUAAUACCAUUGAUUACAUCCCUGCUGGCAGAGAUGCUCUUGCCAAAAAGUUAUGCAGGCUUCAGAUGCAUAAAUAAGGCUUAAUAAUAAUAAUGCACAAGCAUAAAGUAGUUACUCUUACCAGAGCAACUACAUUCAUAGGGCUGCAGUGUCCUAAACUCUACAAUAAUAGUAGGUUGAGGAACAGUAAUUAUAGAAGAGUAUUAAUCAUGCCCAUCCUGUCAUUUAUGCUUUGGCCAUUAUGUUACGUAUCCUUCCAUUUUGCAUGUCGUUUUCUAACAUUAAGUGUGUGCAUGCAGCUGCUUCAGAGAUCUUUUCAGUUAUUUCCUUAUGACAGAUUUGGCCACAUUAAAGCAUUGAGUUUCUAAUAAUCACUAGAAAUACUGUAGAGUAAUAAGAAAGAUCAGGCAUUAAGUAAUGAGAAAAUAGGCAAGAUGGAAGCUAAUGAGCUGGAUUCUUUUAUCUCAACCCAUAUUACGAAAAUAAUAUAAAAUUAUACCUUGCACUUUCAUGAUAGCAACUGGAUCUAAGUGGUUAUUCAUUUAAAUAUGAAUGAGUAAUUUCUAUUUUAUUUAAAAUGCUAGGAUAAUUUUAACAUUUCAUCAUGAUGUGAACGUAGCUAAGAGAUGUUUUGAGCAGGGUUUUUUUCCCUCUUUAUAUGCUUACAUUUUAAUCUUUCUCUCUAGACAGAACUUGGAGAAGUAUUUUGGCAGUGACAUCUUUAAGCAGAAUGCAGUCGUUAUAUUCCACUGUGUACGUUAGGGGAAUGAAGACAGCAUAUCCAUAUACUGCAAGGAUUGAGUAGACCGUAUGUUAUUGCACAGGAGAGAGCUGUGGGGCACAUAAUGUAGACAGUGCUGGUCUUAAUGGAUUCCAAGGCUACACCAGAAAAGUGCAAAACACUAGAAAUUUUAGACUUCAUAAUUGCACUCACUGGGCACUAGUGCCUGGUAAAUCAUUUUAAGUCACUUGACUCCUGGCUUGCAGCCUUGACAUGUGUGCUUGUAUGUUUUAAGUUUAUUCUAGUGAAAACAUUACAGACAGUGUAAAUGUCAUCUAAUGUGACAGUCCUCUGAAAAAUUAAGAUGGGUUUUGCCAUGAGCCUAAAUUUUUGGGGGGCUUUGUGGCUUGCAAGUUAUGAAGAUACAUCACCUUAGCUCAGUGUGUAUGCGUUUGUAUCUUCUUAUGAAAGGUACAAAGGUAAAAACAGUUCACCUGCUUAACUGUUUGCUGCUUGCAGAUGAAAUUGAAUCUGCAUUCUUCUGCACCAAGGAACAUAAAUACCACAGUACUCCAUUAGACCUUUAAAAAGUCACACGUAUAAAAUCUGCAAAAUCAGUCUUUUUGAAGACAGAUUACGUUCAAAUGCACAUUGGUCUCUGUGUUACCUAGCUGAUAUGGUCUCAAUGCAGACUGGGAUUUUAAAACAGCCAUAUGUUCACAUAGCCAAACCUUGGUUCCAUUUUACAUGGUGGCAAAACUCCAGUUGCAUUGAGUAGUACAGUGAUUCAAAUCAAGUGGAUUUUAGGGCUAGAUUGCAAUGACUGAUAUGCAUAACAUUAAAUAGCAAGUGAUCAAUAGUUUUAUGCCAUAAAAUGAAAAAUACUCUGUAUUUUAUAGACACCUGUUCUAAGAAGUCAGGAGAAGAUGGUUGGCUGUUGGUUUUUCACCUCUGGGCCAGUGUCUCUCAGUGCCAAAAUUGAGAGGAAGGGAUACUGUAAUGGGGAAGCCAUACCAAUCUAUGCAGAAAUUGAGAACUGCUCUUCUCGUUUGAUUGUUCCAAAAGCUGCCAUUUUCCAAACACAAACUUACCUGGCCAGUGGGAAGACAAAAACUUUCCGUCAGAUGGUUGCCAAUGUCCGAGGAAACCAUAUUGCCUCUGGGAGUACAGAUACCUGGAAUGGGAAAACCCUGAAAAUCCCACCUGUAUCCCCUUCUAUACUUGACUGCUGUAUUAUUAGAGUAGAAUAUUCAUUAGCUGUGUAUAUCCAUAUUCCUGGUGCUAAGAAAUUGAUGAUUGAAAUGCCUCUGGUGAUUGGCACUAUUCCAUGUAUUGGAUUUUCAAGCAGAAAUUCCAGCAUUACCAGCCAGUUUAGUAUGGAUAUGAGUUGGCUGGCAUUGACCAUGCCAGAACACCCUGAAGCACCACCAAAUUAUGCUGAUGUAGUGUCUGAGGAAGAGUUCUCCAGACAUGUUCCAGCUUAUCCACCACCAAUUGACUGUGAGGAACAAUUGUGUUGUCCUGUCUUUGCUUACAUACAAGAGUUCCGGUUUCAGCCUCCACCUCUUUAUUCAGAGAUCGAUCCACAUCCAACUGAUGUAGAAGAAGUUCAGCCUGUUUCAUUCAUGCUCUAAAGAGGAUUUGUAAUGAGCAUCAUUGUGAUGAAUGUCUUAAUCUUUCUGCUGCUUAAGCUGAUAGUGCAGCUAAGAAGGAAACAGUUUUCUUUUUCUAAACUUAAGUUUGUAUACAAGAAAGGCAAAGGAAGAUCGAGAGGGAGGUAUGAGCAUGUUUGGUGAUGGAAGAGGAUCUGCUGGAUCAGUCUGCACAGAGGAUAUUGUAGGAGCAGCUACACUUGGGAUACUUGAAGUAUCUGAAAAUACUGAAAGCUUUCUAAAAAGUGGAUAUACUACAUAAAGUACAAGGAGGAGAUGUAAGGCUCUUCUGAAGAGAAAAGAAUUUAUAUUUUGUUUGGAACACUCAAAGAAUUUAUGUAAUGAUGUUGAGAACUUCUGUAGUAGGACUUGCGUAGUAGAACAGAAUAUGGGGUAAAAAAACAUUUCCAAAAGAUUCCAGUGUUCAAGGGGCUUCAGUUUUGCACUGUCUGCAUCCAAGAAAGGAACGCUACUAAAAUGUGGAGUGAAGUCUUCACUUAAGCUAAACUUUGUUUUUCAUGAGAACCUGCCCUUCUAACAACUGCCAAGCGGUACUAUUUCAUCAUUCAUAAUGAUUCCGAAGACAUCAUGGAUGACAGAAUAGCUAUUACGCAAUAUUAUGAAGGCAACCAUUUACUGAAUGAAAGACACAAGUAUGUAAAAGAAAAUUGAACUUUGAUAAGAGCUUAUGCACUAUGCUUUCUUUCAAGGGAUUUCUUAAGGGAAUUAUUCUAGCCUCUUCUACUGUGAGUUCUUUUUCUGCAUCUUAAGCCUACGGAUAGCAUGAUAAGGGGAAGCAUGGCAGGGGAGAAUCCUUUUGCCAACAGCAGGUAUACUUAGCAAAAUGGACAAUACUUAUUUAUUCAGAAGCCUUUAUAAGCCUACCUCUGUUUUGGAUAUUUACUUACGGUCAGAUUUGAGACCAAAAAAAGUCUUGUUAAAGCUCCAGUAUACUUCAGGGUUCUAAAAGGGACCCUAAAUGGUUUCUGUGGUUAGUGAAUGAGAUAGGAGGCGUAUGGAGAGGUGUAAAUAUACCCAGAAUAUACAUAGCUUAUAACUGAAGUGAAAGCAGACAUCAGGGGAACAAAAUCCUCUGGUAAUGGCACAAAGCUUUUCAUUACUCCUGCAUUUUUGUCUAGAGAUCUAUUGUCAGGGGCUGCACUGGUCAUUUGCUAUCCAUACUAAUUUUUGUUACUGUGUUUCCUUGUUUGUUUUUGCUGUUUAAUUUUGUUUUGGUGCAAUAUUUUAAUGUUUUCUUCCUCAGGUCAUUUAGAACAGUGAGAGUUUGUUGCUGCUAAGAGUGAAGGCACAGCAUUUUACUUGGCCCUUCUGCUGCCUUCAUUUAAAGUAGAAUGUUUGCUUCCUGCCAAGCAUCAAUUGGAAUAAGUAAGCCACCAUCAACAGAUCACUUAAACGGAGCAGAAACACAGCAUUCUCAAAACACACGUUUACAGUCAAGUCUCUAAACUACAGGGGAUUUUGAACUAUCAUAACUAUUCCAUAUGUCUUACAGAAGGGUUUGGCGUUAAAACCCGGUGCUUCAUGUGGUAAAACAUUGUACUUUGAUAACUACAAGAACAGUAAUUAAGUUUCCUCCAUUUCAUCAAUAACUGCAGUUAAAAAAAAAAUAUAUGAACUUUUAAAAUUAAAUCUGUCUUCAUUUAAGAAGCAGGGACUUUUCUACAGGCUUACACGGAUAUAUAUUUUUAGUCUUCUUUUAGUAUGACUUCCGAUUUCUAGCACCUCAAGUCACUUACAUCAGUGUAAAAGACCUACUGAUUGAGAUACUCAUUUCCAAACUGCAGUUAUUUUUUUUUUCAUUUGCAGCUUUAAAUACUGUCUUCUAUAGCAAAUGCAGCUUUAACCAAAAUCUGAGUGCAUGUUUUAGAAAGGACAUUCUAAAAAUGAGUAUUUACCUUAAGUCUCAAGAUGUAGCUCUCAUGCCUUUUUAUUUAAGUGAGGGCAUGCCCAUGCAAUCAAUGCAGGAUUUUCAUUCACAUCACCUGGAAAGGGAACAAGCAUAGUUUCCUUAAAUAGAUCCAUUAUAGCUACUUGAAAAGUAAUGUGGCUGUGUAUUAACUUGCAUGUCAAUAAUUCAGAAUACUAGCUUAAAGAACAUUAGGUGCUUUUUGGACUGUAAUACCUGAUAGGUGAUGUGUGCUACCUGGUAUAAACAUGGUCAAGCAAAUGAGCAUGAAGGGUAAAGUGCUUUUUUUUUUUUUUUUUUUUUUUUUUUUUUUUCUUCCUCCUGUUUUCCCUAAAAAUCUUUGAGGAGUUUAUUAUUUGCAGAUAAACUGUGGCCUUAGAUUGUUUGCUGCAAAAAAGACAACUAGAAUGUGUUUCUUAGGAAGCACAUGUGGCCCUUCAAAGGAGGGGUGAAAACGAGAUCAAAUUCUGCUCUCUGACACGGGCUUAGUGCAGAAAUUGAUCCUUAAAAUAAUUACUGUUUGCACAAUAAUAAGUUCAAUAUGCAGGGGCUUUGUUUUGAUAACUGUGAAACAGUUUAAAAGAGACAAAAUAAAAAAAAAAUGCUGUUUAACAUACAGGAACAUGAUUGUAUUUUGUACUAAUGAAUGAGCCCCAUGGGUUCUUUGUUAAUAAAAGUGUCAAACCUA